UGUACACCUGUUUGUUGGGUCGAGUUUAGAUCAUGUCCCAACAACAAACAACGCACUUCAGUUUGUUUGAGGCUGCCUCCUCUACAGGAGCCUAUGUGACACAGGUGACUGCCACAGAUGCAGAUGACCCCACAUAUGGCAACAGUGCCCGCAUCGUCUACAGCAUCCUUCACGGACAGCCCUACUUCUCUGUGGACCCCAAGACAGGAGUUAUCAGGACAGCACUAGCCAACAUGGACCGCGAGGUGAAAGAGGAGUACCAGGUUCUUCUCCAGGCCAAAGACAUGGGAGGUCAGCUGGGGGGGCUGGCGUCCACCACCACCAUCAAUAUCACCCUCAGCGAUGUCAACGACAACCCGCCCCGCUUUGCUAAGAGUAUAUUCCACUUACGGGUGCCAGAGUCUGCACUUGUUGGCUCAGCGGUGGGUCGGAUUCGGGCCCACGAUUUGGAUGCUGGCAGCAAUGCAGAGGUGGAUUAUACCAUUGUUCCAGGAGAUGAGGGCAACAUGUUUGAAAUUAUCUCUGAUGGCCAAAGUCAAGAGGGAGUCGUAGUCUUGAAAAGGAAUCUUGACUAUGAAACAAAGAAAUCGUACACUUUCAAGGUUGAGGCAUCCAACGCACAACUGGACCCCCGUUUUCUCCACCUAGGGCCCUUCAAGGACUCUGCAACGGUGAAGGUGACUGUCCUGGACAUGGAGGAGCCUCCCGUCUUCACCAAGCCCUUCUACUCCAUGGAUGUGUAUGAGGACACUCCUCCAGGGAACAUCAUUGGCUCAGUAACCGCCCACGACCUGGAUGCCAGCAGCAGCGCUGUCAGGUACUCACUGGAAUGGGACACAGAGUCUGACAGCUGUUUUGACAUUGACACCGUUGAGGGAACUAUUUCCACUAAUGAAUACCUGGACAGAGAGACAGCUGUCCAGCACAAGAUCAAAGUGGUGGCAACCAAAGUUAACAACCCACUGCUGUCCACCAAAGUGUCAGUGACAGUCAACAUCCUGGAUGUGAACGAGUUUCCUCCUGAGCUGGCUGUUCCUUCAGAAUCCUUUGUGUGUGAGAACUCCAGAAUCGGACAGGUGAUCCAGACGGUCAGUGCUGUGGACAAGGAUCUUCCCCCUGUCGGCCAGAGGUUCUUCUUCAAGAUCCCCAAGGAGCUCCGCAACAGAAACUUUACUGUGCGAGAUUUUGGAAACAACACUGCGGGUAUUGUGACCAGGCGCUCCGGCUUUCAGCGGCGGCUGCAGGACGUCUACGUUCUUCCUGUCGUGGUCGAAGACAGCGGUUACCCUGCUCAGAGCAGCACGGCCACCCUCACCAUCCGAGUGUGCUCCUGUGAGAUGGGGGGCUCUCUGCUGACCUGUUCAGCCGAGGCCAUCUUCCUGCCUGUGGGCCUCAGCACCGGGGCCCUGAUGGCUAUUCUGCUGUGUGUAGCUCUGUUGAUUGUUAUGGCAGCGCUGUACAUGAGCCAGAGGCGCAACAAAGAGAAAGAAACUCUAAUGACAUCAAAAGAGGACAUCCGUGACAAUGUCAUUCACUACGACGACGAGGGCGGGGGCGAGGCGGACACUCAUGCCUUCGACAUGGGCACCCUGCGCAACACACACUCACAGCACGCCAAAUCCCACAGCGCCGUCUCCAAGAUAGAGAAGAAUGGCUAUGGGGACGGGGUUCUGCUGCAUCUCACCAGCCGCAGCGAUAAUGUCAGGUCACCUGACAUCCAUCGUCAAACAGCCAGCAUUAUUGUUUCCGUGAACGACAAGGCCCCGCUCCCUUCCUGUGGCAGAGCGACUGAGGGCGAUGCUGAGACGAUCAGGGAGUUUAUCGAACACCGGUUGGAGGAGAGCCACAAGGGUUAUGCCGCUCCGCCCUACGAUUCAUUAGCAACCUACGCCUACGAGGGCGACGGCUCCGUGGCGGGUUCGCUCAGCUCCAUAGAGGAGUCAUGGGUAAUUGACAGUUCAGGGGAUUUUAGUUAUCUUGGUGACUGGGGACAGCCGUUCAAAACACUGGCCAGCAUCCUGGACAGACAGCCACCCACUCUGUCUAAGGAGAGCUGAGAGGAAGUUGAAGAGCGGAGAGACACUGAGCAGCCAUGUGGGAAUUAGCUUACUUUUUUUAGACAUGUUUUUUUUUUUUUACUGUGACAGGCACUGGUUAGAAGGAUGUGAGAUGAUGUUGAGCCGAUAGAAACUGUUCAUGUGAGGUAGAGUUAUGGCAGCGCCAGUUAGCUAGAGAGCAGUGAGUCUAGCUACAGGUGCAUGAAAAGGUAAACUUGAUAGCUCCUCAAAGUGCCUGAGGUACUGUAUGUUUACAUG